AUGUCAUCUACGAGCACUUUCCGACCUAAGCAACCCCCUCCUCCUGGACAAAUCGUCCUAUCUCUCACUCAAAAGUCGUCUCUGCCGCCCUUUCCCCCAGAUAUAGGGUUUACAAGCCCUACCAAGCGUGUCUUGUCCACGCAGAUCUUCCCUCCAUCUGGCUUUCCAGCCCUAUUUCAUCUUUUCUUCCUCCCUCUUCCCGACUCGAGCGGCUUCGCUAUCGACAUCAAGGACCCACUUGUGGAAAGCAAAGCCACCAAUAGGCUUGGUGGUGAACGGCGCUCAAGCGGUGUCGGCUGGCGUAGAAGCUGUCGUGGUCGUCGCAAAGACAGAGGAGAAUGUGGUCUGGAGCGCGCGAACGAAAGGCGGGGAACUCUAGCAUAUUGUAAACGUUUAGCUACGUAUCCAAUAUCCCCGUCAACACAUUCCUCGCAUUCUUCCAACCAAAAUAGCGCCCCCAAAUUGGAGAGCAUCGUCCCCCAGUCUCCUUUCUCGAAAAAAUCCCACAACACAACCCCAAUCGAACCUCACUUAUGUCCUCAUACCCCACAUCCGUAUUGA